AUGGCUUCUUCGAUGGCUUUGAGGAGACUGCCCGCGGGCUCUGCUUUUUCACGGCUGGCUCGAACCCACACCAGGGCCUUUUCCACGACCCGUCCGGCCGCUCGCGUCAUUGCGAGUAGUCCGUUGAGGGCAAAGGAGGCCUCGCCCUUCCUAAGCAACAAAUACCCCGUCAUCGACCACGAGUACGAUGCCAUUGUCGUCGGCGCCGGCGGCUCCGGCCUGCGAGCCGCCUUUGGCCUCGCCGAGGCUGGCUUCAACACGGCCUGCAUCUCCAAGCUCUUCCCUACCCGGAGUCACACCGUCGCCGCCCAGGGUGGCAUCAACGCCGCCCUAGGCAACAUGCACGAGGAUGACUGGAGAUGGCAUAUGUACGACACUGUCAAGGGCUCUGACUGGCUCGGCGACCAGGACGCCAUCCACUACAUGACCCGCGAGGCUCCCGCGUCCAUAAUCGAGCUCGAGCACUACGGCUGCCCCUUUUCCCGAACCGAGGACGGCAAGAUUUACCAGCGAGCUUUCGGCGGCCAAUCGCAAAAGUACGGCAAGGGCGGCCAGGCCUACCGAUGCUGCGCCGCCGCCGACCGGACCGGCCACGCUCUCCUCCAUACCCUCUACGGCCAGUCGCUCCGGCACAACACGAACUACUUUAUCGAGUACUUUGCCCUCGACCUGAUCAUGCAGGACGGCGAGUGCCGCGGUGUCCUAGCCUACAACCAGGAGGACGGCACCCUGCACCGUUUCCUCGCCAAUAACACCGUUCUGGCCACUGGCGGCUACGGACGUGCCUAUUUCAGCUGUACCUCGGCCCAUACCUGCACCGGGGACGGCAUGGCCAUGGUUGCUCGCGCUGGCCUGCCCAACCAGGAUCUCGAAUUCGUCCAGUUCCACCCCACUGGCAUCUACGGCGCCGGCUGUCUGAUUACCGAGGGCGCCCGCGGCGAGGGCGGCUACCUAUUGAACUCGGAGGGUGAGCGUUUUAUGGAGCGGUAUGCGCCUACCGCCAAGGAUCUCGCCUCUCGCGACGUCGUCUCGCGGUCAAUGACAAUGGAGAUUCGCGAUGGCCGAGGCGUGGGCGCCGAAAAGGACCACAUCUUCCUGCAGCUAAGCCACCUGCCUGCCGAGGUUCUCGCCGAGCGUCUGCCCGGCAUCUCUGAGACGGCCGGCAUCUUCGCCGGAGUCGACGUCCGGAAGCAACCUAUUCCCGUUCUGCCGACCGUCCACUAUAAUAUGGGUGGCAUCCCGACCCGCUAUACCGGCGAAGUGCUUACCGUUGAUGCGCAAAAUAAUGAAAAGGUAGUUCCCGGACUGUUCGCCUGUGGUGAGGCUGCGUGUGUGUCUGUCCACGGCGCGAACCGCCUUGGUGCCAACUCGUUGCUGGACCUGGUCGUCUUCGGCCGUGCCGUCUCGCAUACCAUCCGCGAUAACUUCAACCCCGGCGACAAGCUGAAGCCUAUGGCUGCUGACGCCGGCGCCGAGCACAUCGAGGUCCUUGAUAAGGUCCGAAACUCCGACGGCCCUAAGAGCACCGCCGAGAUCCGACUGGCCAUGCAAAAGGCCAUGCAGACCGACGUCAGCGUCUUCCGAACCCAGGAGAGUCUAGACGAGGGCGUGCGCAAGAUGAAUAAGAUCGAUAAGAUGUUCCACGAUGUUGGCAUUAAGGACCGGAGCAUGAUCUGGAACUCUGACUUGGUCGAGACGCUGGAGCUGCGGAACCUAUUGACCUGCGCCAUCCAAACCGCCACCGCCGCCGCGGCCCGGAAGGAGUCGCGUGGGGCUCACGCCCGCGAGGACUACCCCGAGCGAGACGACAAGACGUGGAUGAAGCACACGCUUAGUUUCCAGAAGCAGCCCCACGAGAAGGUGGACCUAUCGUACCGCCGCGUCAUUAGCACCACCCUAGACGAGGCCGAGUGCAAACCGGUCCCUCCGUUUAAGCGUGUAUACUAG